AUGGACAUGGGCUCCAGUGGCCACACCUCACUGCUCCUGCUUCCAGUGUUGCUUCUGCUGCUGCAGGGAGAGAGCCACCGGCCCCUACGGCGAUCCAAGAGAAGAUGGGUUAUUACCACCCUGGAACUGGAGGAGGAAGAUCAAGGACCCUUUCCCAAACUUGUUGGUGAGCUGUUCAAUGAUAUGUCUCAUAACAUGUCAUUAAUAUAUUUAAUCAGUGGACCCGGUGUGGAUGAAUAUCCGGAGAUUGGUUUGUUUUCUGUAGAUCACAGGAACGGACGAGUGUAUGUUCACCGCCCUGUCGAUCGAGAGACAACACCAUCUUUUAUGGUUUAUUUUGAUGUUGUAGAUCGCUUAACAAGAAAGGUCAUGGAUGAUUCCUUGAUUUUCAACAUUAGGAUCGGCGAUGUGAACGACCACGCACCCCAGUUCCCUGAGAAGGAAUUCAACAUCAGUGUGAAGGAGAACCACCCUGCAGGUCAACCCAUUUUCCAGAUGUUAACAGUUGAUUUGGAUGAAGAAAAUACUCCAAAUUCUCAAGUCCUUUAUUUCCUUAUUUCUCAAACACCGUCACUGAAAGAAAGUGGCUUCCAGAUUGACCGUAUUAGUGGAGAAAUACAACUCUCAGGAUGCUUAGAUUAUGAGACUGCUCCGUGGUUUACACUACUAGUUGGAGUGAAGGAUUUGGGAGAACCUCCCUUGACAUCCACGGCCAUGGUUCAUGUGAACGUGCAAGAAGGCAACAACCACAGGCCCACGUUUACCCAGGAGAAUUACAGGAUUCAGAUUUCUGAAGGCUGCACAAGCCAGAGCGUGUUGCAUCUCCUGGUCCAAGAUGGUGACUUGCCAUUUACAUCAGCUUGGAGAGUAAAAUUUCACAUACUGAAUGGCGACGAAGAGGGACAUUUUGACAUUCUGACUGACCCUGAGACCAAUGAAGGGAUUUUAAAUGUGAUCAAGCCCUUGGAUUAUGAAACUCACCCUGUACGAAGCCUUGUCAUCACCGUGGAGAACGAGGAGCCGCUCUUCCUCUGUGAGGGGGGUCAGGUCCAGGGGCCCCGGUGGGCGGUGGUGAGCACCACUGUGAGUGUGCAGGUGAUGGACGUCAAUGACCCACCAGCCUUUCACCCCAGGAGCUUUGUCGUCAGUGAGGUCGACGGUGCCAGGCCUGGAAUUCAGCUGGGAAUUUUCAAUGCUACAGAUCCAGACAGAGCUGCCGGCCGGAUAAGAUAUAAACUGGCUUAUGAUCUGGCAAAUUGGGUGACCAUAGAUGAACUCUCAGGAACAGUGACCACCAGGCAGCAAAUUGACCGAGAAUCCCCUUAUGUAAAUGAUAGCUUUUACAUAAUCAUCGCGCAUGCUGUUGAUGAUGGCCUCCCGCCACAGACUGGGACGGGGACCCUGAUGCUUUUCCUGUCCGACGUCAACGACAACGCCCCCGCUCUCCAUCCCCAUUCUCGAUAUGUGGAAGUCUGUGAGUCUGCACUGAAUGAGACCCUCCUCCUCCAAGCGGAGGAUGGUGACCUGGAGCCCUAUGCAGACCCCUUUACAUUUGAGUUGGACAAUUCGUGGGAAAGUGCAGGAGACACAUGGAAAUUGGGGGAAAAUCGGGGUCGGUCAGUUGAACUUUUAAUGUUGAGAAGCCUCCCACUGGGUAAUUACUCGGUGCCACUGGUCAUCAGAGACAAACAGGGACUUUCCCAGAAGCAGACUGUCCAUGUAAGGGUCUGUUUCUGUCCCGGUGGAGUCUCGUGUGUGGAGGCAUUAGUCGCAGUCACAGGAACUGGGCUCCUCGUGGGCACCCUGGCCCCUCUCUGUGCAGCGUUCAUGAUUCUGGCAGCCACUCUGCUGUUCCUGCUGCGAUACUAUUUUGUAUCCGAAGUCAGGCUCAGAAGCUCUGAGGAAGGCCUGCAGACUCUGAACAUGUAUAACGAUGAGAGCAAAGCCAUUUCAACCCAGGGGAUGUUUGGCAAUGUCUAG